AUGACGCUGGUAUGCGUGGUGCUGAGCGUCGGCUGGAUCUUCAUGUGCUACAAGCACCGCGACCAAAUUGUCACGGUGCAACAUUUUGUGUCGGCAGUGCUUAUGUUCCUCGUGAUCGAAAUGGCUUGUCAAUGGCUCUUUUACCGCUACUACAACGCCUAUCCCGUUGACUUGAGGCACUUUGAAGCUGCUGAUGGCCGUCCAGGUGUCACUAGCAUUGCCCGCUUUUUGCUAGUAUUCACUAACAUCCUCGAGUCGGUUCGGGACAGCAUGUCCUUUUUCCUUCUGCUCAUUGUUUCGAUGGGCUACGGUGUUGUAAGGCCUAACAUCGGUCCCGUCAUUACCCGCGUAUAUGCCUUGACAGGCCUGCACUUUGUGUUCAGUGUCAUGUACUCGAUUGGCAUCAUUUUUGUUUUACUGGACACGACCAAUGCCUGGGUGGGGCUAUUUAUCUUCCCCAUGGCUCUUACUCUGACGGUAUUCUACAUGUGGAUUCUCUCCUCACUCAAAAGCACCAUCCAAGACUUGCAUGAACGCCGACAGACAUUUAAGAUGAAUAUGUUCAAGCGUUUGCAGAUUAUUCUGCUUGGUGCUGUUGUCUUCCUCACUCUAUAUUUCUUUGGUAUCACUGGUUUAAUUGCUUUUACCGGAACUAACGACUUUAUUGAAGAAUCCUGGAAGUACCGCUGGUUCCUCUUGGAGGGUAUUUUGGUUCUCCUGUAUUUCGUCGUCUUUGGACUUAUUGCUUGGUCUUGGCGACCAACUGGUAACAAUAUGCGACUGGCUAUGUCAGACGAACUGGCUACGGACGAGGAUGUCGCUGCGGGGCAGUUUGACGUGCACACAAUCGGAUCGGAGCAUGAAGAAUUAGACGAGGAUGCCGAGGAGGUCGGAUCUGUACAUCUCCGUCAGCUUUCUCACACCCCAAGGGAUGAAAGUGCACAUCAAGUGCAUGUUACGGAGCCAGAAUACUCCGCGGUCGGAAGCGAUGACGACUUCGGCGAUUAUGACAAGCCGAAUGAAUCUAAGGUGCUAUUUGAAAAUGACGAUCAGGAUCGCUCGCAUCUCUCCCCGUAA